AACAGAUAUAUCCAGGAACCAUGUAUAAUGGACGGACAGCGACAUCUCGAUGCUGUGGACCCUGAGAAAGGAGAAGCUGUAUCUGCCCAAAAUGCCGCUCCCACACUUGAGCUGGGCCUUAGUUUGACGGCAUUGUGGGUAGGAUACUAUCGCAUGCGGGAGGUCGAACAGAAAACCCCUCUUUUCUAUGACCCUGUGGCAAAAGCAAUAAUGGGAGAAGAUGAUGCGCGGUGGGCUUUCCAACGUAUGCAAGAGACGCUUGAGGAUAGUUGGCUUAUGAGCAAGGCUGCAUAUGCUCGCAGCGAGGCGAACUUUUUUCCUGUGCGCACUCGAUUCAUCGAUGACCACAUAGGGCGGUCGCUUGAAGCCCAGAUCCUUUGCGCGCAAAGUACUUCCGGCGGGAAACCGCCCCGGCAAUUGCAGGUUGUAGACAUGGCCUGUGGGUUCGACGGCAGGGCAUUCCGGCUCGACUUUCCCACCAAUACCCUCUUUUUUGAAGUGGAUCGGGAAGAGGUGAUGGCUCUCAAAAAAAACCGACUCUCUCAAAUAAGACCGCCCGACCUCACCUGCGCUCGACGUGUCUGCAUAUCUGCUGAUAUUAUCACAGACAAAUGGGAGACAGCGCUGUUCGACAAUGGUUUUGAUCCCGCUUUGCCCACCGUAUGGAUCAUGGAAGGCAUUCUGACGUAUCUUCCCUUGCCUGUAGCCAAGGCACUCUUGGCACGGGUGCGUGCCAUCUCGGCACCGGGCUCUUCAUUGGUAUGCGAUGUGGUGAAUGCCGCAAUCAAAUACGCUACACCCAUGAAAAAAAGGAUGAGGUUCUUGCGUGACGAAGGGGCUGAGUACAACCUCUUCAUCUCAGAUCCUAUUGCCUUUUGGACCAACGCCGGCUUCUCCCAGAUUCGCUAUCAUUUCCCUGGCGACAACGAUGCCAGCUAUGGUCGUAUACCUCCCCAUCCCUUCUUGCAGGUUAUGCGGAUCGUCAUUCGUUUUGUAAUUGCUGUGCUAUAUCUUGGUGCAGGAUUCUUAAGCGGCUUCUUCUUACCGAUUUGGGCGGGGAUAAUAGUCCUUGUUGGAAGCAUCGUCCUGUGCGAGGGUUGGGCGUUGCUUUUUCAAGAGUGGUUGGCACGGCGGCUGACCCUCUUCUUUUUUCCAUUGGCUUAUUUCACUGAAGUUUUUGUAUAAGCGACUUUGCC